AUGAAUAUGCACAUGCUACGCUUUUCGAGAGAACGAUAUUCGAUGACCGUCGAUGCUAUAUCAAACUUUCCCUGGGCCAAAGUUAAGACUGGUAUGGCCUCUGAGGCGCGGCCGCUCAGCAUCAUUAGGCUCCCAGGUCAGCGACAACGACGCGCUGCACAGCGGCUUCUCAAGCUGUACUCGACUUGUGUCCACCCUGCUGCGCCAUCCUCCGGUGAGGAUACAAUCAGGAUCGUUUGCAUUUCUGAUACACACAACACCCGACCCGAACUUCCACCCGGUGAUGUUCCCAUCCAUGCUGGCGACCUGACCGAGAACGGUUCGUUCAACGAAAUACAAACGGAGCUGAGAUGGCUCUCUUCGCAACCACAUCGGUACAAGGUGUUCGUCGCAGGGAACCAUGAUGUGCUGCUGGAUGAAGACUUCUUACAGAGCCAGCCGCAAAGACGAUAUGGGUCAUCGCGGACGAAGGAGGAUUUAGAUUGGGGGAGUGUCACCUACCUCCAGAAUUCUUCCAUCACGCUCGACUUUCCUCGAAAUCCGCACAAUGCAAGCGGUGCCGAGACUGUGGGGUCCACAGAGAAUACAAGCUCUCCUGCUCGAAGGCUCAUGGUGUACGGCAGCCCCUUCACACCUCGAUACGGCAUGUCGGCUUUCCAGUAUUGCCCAGACCCUCAAUUUUGGACCGAAAUAUUUGCUCCCUUGCGCACUGCACCGGACAUACUCGUCACCCAUGGGCCACCGAAGUUCCAUCUUGAUGCCCGUGAUUUCCAUAAGGCAGGCUGUCCGUAUUUGGGCGUGGAAGUUGCGAGGAUCAGGCCGAGACUGCACGUCUUUGGUCACAUCCACGCAUCAUAUGGACGUGAGGAUGCCGUCCUCGAUGCCUGGUAA